GCCUCAAAUCUGAACUCCAUUACUUAAACAUUUGCAAAAGUUCUAAUAAUUAUCUGUUUUUGGUGCUAAAGGAAUUGAGAAAUUAUAUAAUUUCUUCUCCCUUUUUUCAGGGAAAGGUAGUUUUGGCAAAUGGGGUUUCUAAAUCUGUUCAUUGUUGCACUAAUGCCAGUUCUGAAAGUAAUAGUGAUAACUGGUGUUGGUUUGGUGAUUGCUUUGGAUCGCAUAAAUCUGUUGGGGCCAGAGGCAAAACACCAUUUGAACAAUAUUGUGUUCUAUGUGCUAAGUCCUGCACUUGUGGCCAGCAGCUUGGCUGAAUCCAUCACUUUCAAAAGUUUCAUCACAUUGUGGUUCAUGCCAGUGAAUCUUUUGCUAACAUUCAUUUUUGGAUCAAUUCUGGCUUGGAUUCUCAUAAAAAUCACUAAAACUCCUAAACACCUUCAGGGCGUUGUCAUUGGUUGCUGUUCAGCUGGAAAUAACGGGAACCUGCCCCUGAUUAUGAUUCCAGCAGUCUGUGAGGAGUCAGAUAAUCCUUUUGGUGAUCCAUAUGUUUGCUCUACAUAUGCUAAGCCAUAUGCAUCACUAUCCUUAUCGAUUGGAGCCAUUUAUAUAUGGUCAUAUGUGUAUGGUAUCAUGCGCCUGUAUGCAAAUAACGGCAUGGAAAAUGGCUCCACCACUGAAACAGUUCCAGGGAGUUCCAGAGAAUUAGCUGUACUUCCUUCAAGUGAUUGCCACAGCAUUCAAAUGCGUCCCACCAUUUUCGAAGAAACAAAUGGAAAGAUGUCAAUUUCGAAGAAGAUAAUGCAGCAGAUGAAGAUCAUUUCAGGAAAGGUUGACCUGAAGAAGAUGUUUGCACCAACAGCAAUUGCAGCGAUUGUUGGAUUUAUCAUCGGGAUAGUCUCUCCAAUCCGAAAACUAAUGAUUGGUAAUAGCGCACCUCUUCGUGUAAUUGAUAGCUCUGCACAUAUACUGGGGGAGGCAGCAAUUCCAUGUAUGACCUUGGUCAUGGGGGCAAACCUUUUAAGAGGUCUAAAAGGAUCAGAUAUGAGUCGGACGGUCAUUAUAGGGAUUAUAGCAGUGAGGAACAUAUUGUUGCCUCUCAUGGGGAUCGGUGUUGUUAAAGCUGCACGCCAUUUCCACCUGGUUGGAUCAUCAGAUACCUUAUUUCAGUUUGUUCUUAUGCUUCAGUAUGCUGUUCCACCUGCAAUGGCUGUAGGUACCAUAACCCAGUUUUUUCAGCUUGGUCAAGGUGAAACUUCUGUGAUUAUGCUAUGGACUUAUGUUGUAGCAACACUCACCCUCACACUUUGGUCAACCUUGUUCAUGUGGAUUCUGGCUUGA